AUUUUUGCCUGCCUGGUUUUUCAGGUGGGACUCAGUCGUUUUUUCAGUAUUAAAUUUUGCACAUGCGCGUCUUUUGCUAUCAUUCAUUGAAGUACAUGUCGCGUUUUGUAUAUAGAGCAGCGUUUGUAAAUGCCCUCCCAGGCAUUGAGAGCCUUUUUUUAUGUGGCUGUAACAGAACUGUGCCAUAGGUGGUCUCAGUGGUAAUGGAUGAAGUGUCUUAGGCUUUUUUUGUCGAGAUUUCUUUCUCUCUUGGCUGUUUGAAGACGUUCUAUGCUGCAUAUUUGGCAUUACCGUUACCCGUUUGUUGAGCGUCUUCAUGCCCGCCUUGUUCUGAACUCCCGCAGUCCAGUCUUCGCUUCUUGGGGCGGACUUAUUUUUCUUCCCGAUACAAGAGGCUCGCUUGGCAUAGGCUCAAGUUGUGUUUUUCGAAGAUGCUUUCAUACGUCUCGACGUAGCGACCACCGCGGGCCGAAAUCGGCGGCAAGAUCAUUGACGAUUACGGAAAAAAGGUCAGACGCAGAGGGUCUAGAAGUGGUGCCGAAAAAGCGAAGGAGUAGGACUGGUGUCCGAUCGAAAGCCAGAACAGCUGAAAAAGAUGAGGCACCUGUAGCAGAAAGGGAAGGUCAGGAGCUUGCCAAGGAGGUGACAAUAUUGACCCCUUCGAGGACAGAAUAUGAGGAAAGUGAGGGGCGCCUGAAAGCUGAAGAGGAUGGCGAAGAAUCGAGUGUGGUUUUGCCAAAGGGGUCGUCGUCAAAGUCUAAUAAGUUCGAUAGUAAGAAAUACGAAUUUGAGCGUAAAAAAGAUAUUUUGUUGUCACAGCUGUCUCAUCUCGACAAAAGAACGUAUGAUGAGAUUCGAAACCGAUUUGCUUCAUUUCGGGAGUCUAUCGAAAAAGAUUUAUUAGAUGCCAAGACGGCCACAGAAAAAGAUUCGAAACUAAGUCGUAAAGUUGAAACUUUGAUUCGGGACAUGCAGGCCAUCAUCAACGAAUACGAACUUCCCUCGUCUCCCUUUGGUAAUAGGCACUCUCCGUCAAGCUUUUUUGAUCCCAAUAUCUUGCGUGAAAUAGCUCCAACUCUCACAAUUGACCAAAUUGAUCAGUUCCGUUUAAACUAUACGAAAUCCUUGUAUGAACUAUUCAACCAGUCUUUGAAGCAAUACGAGAACCUGGAAAAAACACUGGGAAAUGAAGAGCAAACUGGCCCUGAUAGUUUUUUGGACAAGGGCUUCUCUCUUUCUUUACUCGAGAAGCACCAGGGUCAUCUUGAUUCUUUUUCAGGGAGAAAACCACUUGGCGAUUGGGGUUGUCUUCUUAGGCAUCGAGCUGAACCAGAGGGGUAUGAAUCUCAAAGUUUAAUCGACUGGGAUAAGCUCCGCAAGGAUGACACGAGUUGGCUUUUCGAAUCGGCUUUGGCAGGUGGCGCGGAUGUCGAAAACACGGCGCUUGCUACAAACUUCAAUAUUCCACCCUUGCAAAUAUCCCAUCCUUGGAAAGUCGCUAUUGUUAGCAUUGACGAGACGGCACUUCAUUCAGACAUUGUAAGGGGGUUUAAUGAAGCGUGCUCUCCCAACCAAGUCGAGAUAACCGGCAUCGAGGUUUUUUACGAUCGCGCUGGUCCGACACGUCGAAUGAAUGCUUUCGUGAAUUUAAGCUCCAAAAUGCAGCGGGACCUCAUCCUUAGUGACCACAUCAGAUGUUUCGGUGUGUACGUCAAGGGGAAACGCUGUCCGAUACUUGACGUCGAGCAGAAGCGGACUCUGAUGAUUCGUGCUACGCCCCCAAUUUCGAAGUCAGAAAUUGAAAUUCUUUUGGACAAGCUUAAUUUGGUUCCCGCGCUGAAAGAGGAGGACCCGUUGGAGUCAUCUCCUCAAGUCGAUUUUACCAUCCAUAGAGAGGCGAGCGCUCCAAGCACGUCUGCUCUGGAUAUAUUUGUUCCUCUGGAUGGAGAAGGGAAUGCUGCUGGCGUCUUCUUUAUCACCUUUCCAACUCACGCUUCUGCCUACACUGCCUGGCACUCUAUCAACCUCUGUAACCCGGGAUUUAUCAAGCCGUACUGGGUGCAGCAACGCAACUCCCUACUUGAACAGGCUAUCCGAACCAGGGACUUCCUCGCACUGGAAAAUGCCUAUCUGAAGAAACAACUCCAAGAGGCAAAGAGCAACAGCGAGCUCCUCUCUAAGACUGGCGCCGAUCUAGAGAAUCACAAGGGUGGCAUGACCCUAGACGACAUCAUAUCGGAACACAUCGAAAAGGUUCUUCGUGCGACCAGCGGCGACAUAGACGAGGCAGCGAAAGUUCUGAACAUCUCAUCUAGGAAACUCUCAAGAUCUAUCAAAAAACUGCGCUCUCAAGGACAGUCUCUAGACACUCCGUCUCUCAAAUACCAAAGAGACACACUGGACUACUGGUAAAGAAUGAAUCCCACUUCAUUUCCACGAAGAGGGGCGUGUUGAGAACACCGGCAUCGCGCGGGUUGUGUAGUUCGCAUCUGCCUCUCAACUUGUGCGCAUUUCGUCGAAGUAUUCCGCUGAAAGCUGCUCGUAACGAAAACGUCUGGAAUAUUGCUUGCGAAAAGAGCGUGGCCAACGCCGGGCACCACCGUCGAAAUCGAAGAAAGAAAGCCCAUUGUUAUUGCACGUUCAUCCCCACACCGUCGACAAGUGGCUCUCGCGACUCGGCGCUCGCUGCCGCUCGUCAAGAGGCGCCGUCGAGCAACGGCGCUUCUUCGCGCCCUCGGAGUCACCAGGGAGCAACAGGAGCAGCGCGAGCGCGGAGGAAGUUUCGCUCCUGCUCAAGACCACUCUCUUCGCACCGGAUGUGAUACGAACGGCGACGCAAGUGUAGCCCUUGCCACCAGAGGGCGAAGACAACCCGACUCCGCGGCCACACCCUACCCUGCACAAAAAACUAAAUUCUGAACGUUGACAAUCUCG